GCAUUUUUAAAGUGUAAAACUAAUAAAUAAAACAAAUGACUCUGCUGUACUUACAUUUACAAAUGUUAUGUUAUCAAGAGCCAUUGUUUGUGUUAUGUAUUUAUUAAAUGAUGUAACAAGCAAAACGUGUCUCUUAAAGGAUGAGAUCUGAUUUUAUUCUAAUAAAUGAUCAAAUACUUGCUAAGAGAAAGAAUUAUAUUUAGUUUAACAUCUCCAGUAGAUAGCAGUAGAGUCACACUGUGAAGACAUCUGAAGGAUGCUUUGAAGGCAGCUCUGUUUCGUGCCCUUCAUUUGGCAACUUUUAAAGGAUGAACGAGCUGUGGGAGCAUCAGACCCUGAAUUGGGAUCCGUCCAUGGCUCCUUCUUCACAGCCUUGGCUAUCCCAAGAUUCAAUACGCGCCUGUGACAUCCGGGUAUUUUGAUAUAAACAUUCAGAACUGUAUUUGAAUACAAUUUUUGCGAAUUUAAAAAGUUUAUUGGCUGUUGAAAAUGAUGAGAUUUGUUAACAGCAGGAUGAAUGAAUGAAGUGUUGAGCGUCUUCUCUCUCCAGUACAGCAGGAGGCGCUGCAGCUCUUUAGUACACAAAUAAACUCACUAAAGAAAGAAAGCGCGUGUGAUUUGUUUGUGUAUCCUCGUUGUUUUUCUCUCUAGAGUGUUUUAUUGAGAGUAAACAGAGUCUUGUCUUUGUGUAUUUUAGUGUUGAUGAUGAGAUGGAUGUGAUGUGCUGUAAAUCAGUAGGAACUGAUCUGUCUAUGCUGGAUAUUGAUGAUUUUAUCACAGAAAUCUCUCAGCUGAAGAAAGAGGUGGCGUUACUGGAGAUAAAGCUGAGGUUAAGAGGAGAUGAAGGACUGAAUAGAGAGGAUGGGGUUUGUUGUGAAUCUUCAGAGUAUGUGACUGUUUGGAGCUCCAGUGAAUGUCUGGAUUCAGUGUGGAUGAGCAGAGAUCAGAGCCGCACACCACAGUCACUGCUGGAUAAACUCUCUGAAGAGACAUCCAGACACACACAGAACUCAGAUCUCAGUCUGUCUUUACUCUCUUAUACUGAGUCAAAGCUCACAGACACUCAGGACACUACAGUGUGUGACAGUAAACAGAGCUUACAGGAGGAUCAAACCUCCACAGAGUCUCUGGAUUCUGUCUGUAACGCUGGAGAACAGCAGCAGAUCCUGCAGACCAAACUCAAGAUGUCUUCAGUUAAACCGAUGGACAGUGGGAACCUGAUGAUGAAGAUGAGAAGAGAAACUACAGCAGAUGAAGAUCACACUGAGGAAGAUGAUGACAAUCAUGAUGAUUUUAUUCCUUCAGAUAAGAUCAGUGAUUCGUGUUUGGAUGGAGAAAUGACGUCUUUAUCAUCAAAAGAGCGACAGAUGGCACAAACUCUUUCCUGCAUCACCGAUGGAGAGACAUUGAGCUCACAGAGACAUUUAGAUAGAAAUGCAGAACAAAAACUCUUGACCUCCACCAGAUCUGAGAUCAGCUUCACUACCUUACAAAAAUAUAAACGUCAUCAUUCAAAAGUGCACAGAGAGAAGAAGAAGCAGUUUCACUGUCAGUGUGGGAAGGAUUUCUACUUAUAUCAGCUAAAAGUUCACAUGAGGACACACAGUGGUGAAAAGUCUUUCUACUGCACUGAAUGUGGCAAAUAUUUCAGCACCAAAAAAACUCUUGAUAUUCAUGAGAGAAUUCACACUGGAGAAAAACCUUACGUCUGCUCUCAAUGUGGAAAGAGCUUCUCUGAUUCAAGUAGUUUUAGAGUUCAUCAGAGAGUUCAUACAGGAGAGAAACCAUACGAGUGUCCUCACUGUGAAAAGAGAUUCAGACAAAACUAUCAUCUGAAGUCACAUAUGCUUAUACACACCAAUGAAAGACCGUAUCAGUGCAGUCAAUGUGACAAAACCUUUAAGGAUUCACGUUCACUAAAAAAACAUCAGAAUAUUCACUCUGAGGAGAAACGCUAUCAGUGUUCACACUGUGAUAAAGGUUUCAGUCUGAAAUCUAAUCUGAUUAUCCAUGAGAGAAUUCACACUGGAGAAAAACCUUACAUCUGCUCUCAAUGUGGAAAGAGCUUCUCUGAUUCAAGUACUUUUAAAGUUCAUCAGAGAGUUCAUACAGGAGAGAAACCAUACGAGUGUCCUCACUGUGAGAAGAGAUUUAGCCAAAAACCUCAUUUACAGACACAUAUGCGUAUACACACCAAUGAGAGAUCGUAUCAGUGCAGUCAAAGUGGAAAAAACCUUUAGGGAUUCAGGUUCAUUAAAAUCACACCAGAAUAUUCACUCUGAGGAGAAACGCUAUCAGUGUUCACACUGUGAUAAAGGUUUCGGUCAGAAAUCGAAUCUUAUUAUCCAUGAGAGAGUUCACACUGGAGAAAAACCUUACGUCUGCUCUCAAUGUGAAAAGAGCUUCUCUCAUCCAAGUAAUUUUAAAGGUCAUCAGAAAAUUCACACUGGAGAGAAACCUCAAUCACUGUACUGUUUGUGGGAAGAGUUUCAGCAAAAAAUGUAAUCUAAAGAAACAUGUGCGUAUACACACCAAUGAGACCAUAUCAGGUUUUAGUGAGACACCAUAGAACUCAUACAGGUGAAAAACCGUUACAAAUGUUCUCAGUGUGAGAAGCUGUUUACUAAGCCAGAUUCCUUAAAAGCCCAUUUGAGAGUUCAUACGUGAGAGAAACCUUACGGGCCCAUCAUACAUCCAGCUCAAUGUGCGACACAACUGUCUUUCGCUAGUUUCAACCUGGCGAAAUUAUCAUUUUCACGUUUAGCUAGCACCAAGUUGUUUAAAUAGCAAAUGCAUCUGUGCCCAAUUUUGCACCCAUGAGCGUUCAGGCGCAUUCUUGGUGCGUUGCUAUUUUGAGGCAACUAAAAUAGACUCUGCCAUUGACCAACUAAAACCUGGUUUAAAGUCAAUGACGCAAUAUUGUUUUUGUUAUUUAAUGAGCGUGUUAGUAAUACGGGACGACAGUGCGCGUUUGCUUAUCACACACAUGGAUGCGCAGCAGAACACAACCCUUUUAUAAUAUGAAAAAUUUAAGAAUUAAAAUGUAAAAGAUUAUUAUUGAGUCCCUUGGACUUAAAUGAGGACCGAUUAUGAAACGUUAGAAGAUGUAAAGAUCUGCUUCACCUGUAGCUUGGUAAGAAAAUGUUUUGCUUUAAAUAAAUGCUUCUGUUUUUAAAUGUUUUUUAAAUGCUACCUCACGAAUUUUUACCUGUGGAUAUGGUGAGAUGAGAAACAUUUUUAAUGCUUUAAAAAAAACAUGGCGCUGUCUGAGUGCUGAAACGGCUCUCUGCACGUUUGUAAAUUCUUUAUCUUCUGUUUGUUACAAAUAAAGUAUUUUUAAAGUACAAACCUUUUCUUGCAUAUUUGCAGAUUUUAUUACACUGAUUUUGUAGGAUAUCCAUACAUUUACAGCAAAUAAAAGCUUGCUAUUUCACUUCCGUGACUGAAAGAAAAAGGCUUUUAAAGGGUUAAAUCUAAAAAAAAAACAAUUUCAAUACAAAUAAAAUCAAUCUUAAACUGGUGGCCUUCUUCUUCUUUCAUUUUUCGGUUUACAAAUUCCACUUUCUAAAUCGAGAUAAGGCAUGAUGCCUACACAACUGGCUUUUAAAUGGGAUGAGAGCUGAGACUCUCAUUGGUUAAUUGCACGUUAUGCCCAAAACACAUCCAUUACGAGAAUAGGAACGACCCUUUUAGACCGUGCGCUUGGCGCAUAAACUAUUUUCCUGUCGUUAAAUUGACAAAAGUGGAAUCGGACAUGCCCAUUUAGACCUGCGUGCGUGCGCUUUAGACAGUGCGUUUAGAUUGUUAAAAUAGGGCCAUACGUCUGCGCGAUCUGUGGAGAGAGAUUCACUAAUGUAAGACCUCAUCAGAAGAAACAUACUGAAGAACAAACUGAUCUGUGAAAAAGACUUUGGGUUGAAAAUAACACAGCAUUUUUAAAGUGUAAAACUAAUAAAUAAAACAAAUGACUCUGCUGUACUUACAUUUACAAAUGUUG